UUAACCGCCAAACGGACCCGCCUCCGAGGACCUGAGCAGGUAAAGCUGAUCAGUGACUUGAAACAAACAGCUCUCAAAGGAAUCUGAUACUUAAAUAAAGGCCAUGGUGAAAGAAAAGAGAAAAACAGACAAAAAGGUGGAUAAAGCUGCCCACUCUCCCUCAUCUCUCACCGAUAAUCCAGAGCUUUCCAAGCCAGACGGCAAUUCUGCUCGACAAGUAAUAUCCCCAAUCAUCGUCCCACAGUUGGGACUGGGACUAAGUGAACCAGGAUCCAAAAGGGGGUCCCGAAAUGGUAAUCAGCAGGUAGAAGAUACCCUUCAAUAUGAAGACCCCAUUCUGACCAAUCUCAUCGUUGAAAGCUAUGAAGGGGAGAAAGUCCAUGGACUGUAUGAGGGAGAAGGCUUUGCAGUCUUCCAGGGAGGCUGCACCUACCACGGUGUGUUUUCAGAAGGACUCAUGCAUGGACAAGGGACUUACAUUUGGGCCGAUGGAGUGAAAUAUGAGGGGGACUUUGUGAGAAACAUCCCCAUGCACCGAGGCAUGUACACGUGGCCGGACGGCAGCACCUACGAAGGAGAAGUGAUCAACGGCAUGCGCAACGGCUUCGGCGUGUUCAAGUGCAGCACGCAGCCCGUGUCCUACAUCGGCCACUGGUGCCAGGGCAAGAGGCACGGGAAGGGCUCCAUUUAUUACAAUCAAGAGGGCACCUCUUGCUACGAGGGGGACUGGGUUCACAACAUCAAAAAGGGCUGGGGGAUAAGACGUUACAAAUCUGGAAAUAUAUACGAAGGUCAGUGGGAAAACAACAUGCGCCAUGGGGAAGGCACGAUGAAAUGGCUGACAGUUAACGAAGAGUACAGUGGUCAGUGGGAGAAUGGCGUCCAGAACGGUUUAGGAACACACACAUGGUUUCUAAAGAGAAUCCCCAACACCCAGUACCCUCUGAGAAACGAAUACCGAGGGAACUUCGUAGAUGGACGUCGUCAUGGCCACGGGAAGUUUUACUACGCCAGUGGAGCCAUAUAUGAGGGGGAGUGGGUUUCCAACAAAAAACAUGGCAUGGGCCGAUUAACUUUCAAGAAUGGACGCGUGUACACCGGCCCCUUUUGCAAUGACCACAUCGCGGAGUUUCUAAGUCUCGACGACGAAUUACUACAUUACCAGGACCCGUCUGCCGUGUCUGACCUCAGGAACCAGUACGAAGGGUCUUCCAGCGCCGAGAUUGUCAGAAGGCUUAACGGCAGUGCGAGUCUGUCCGUGCUGGGCUCGAGCAUCGAGCUGGACCUAGUCCUGUUGCUAAACAUGUACCCCAAGAGUGAGCAACCGGAGGAGAAGAAGCAGGUAGAAUAUGCUGUCCUGAGAAAUAUCACAGAGUUAAGAAGAAUCUACAGCUUCUACAGCAGCCUAGGAUGUGAGCGCUCCCCGGAUAACACCUUUCUGAUGACGAAGCUUCAGUUCUGGAGGUUUCUAAAGGAUUGCAAAUUUCAUCACCAUAAAAUAACUCUCGCUGAUAUGGACAGGGCAUUAAGUGAAUACAGUGGCAUACCAGUUGAAGAGAUUCACUCUCCAUUUACAAAAAUACUUUUGAGAAUAUUUCUGAACUAUCUCCUGCAGCUGGCUUACCACAUCCAUCACAAAGAAUACCAACACAGAAGCCCCUCGCUCUUCCUGUGUUUCACCAAACUGAUGACGGAGAACAUUCAUCCCAAUGCCUGCCGCGUGAAAGGCAGUUUAUUCAGUGGGCAGCAGCGGUCACUGUACUCGAUGAAUUACAUCGACAUGUGCUGGGAGAUUUACACGGCGUACUGCCGGCCGGGCGCCGCGCCGCCCCACGAGCCCACCAUGAAGAUGCGGCACUUCCUCUGGAUGCUCAAGGACUUUAAAAUGAUAAAUAAAGAAUUAACAUCAACCAAAUUUGUGGAGAUCAUAGCGGAAGACAAUCCUUUCAUGUAUGAUGGAAUUGACAGCAACCUGGAACUGGAGCUCGUUUUCCUGGAAUUCUUCGAAGCUCUCCUAAGCUUCGCAUCCAUCUCUGUUACUGACCAAAUGACCACGUCCCACUUAAGUGUCCUCCGUGAUGACUUCCCUGCGAACAGAGCUGGGAUCACUCACAUGCCAGCAAACAAGAACAGGAGCCUGAGCGCAGCCACGAGCCAGGAGUCUGACGUGCACGUGGGCAGCACCAGGUCGUCUCCAACCAAGCUAGUGCUCUUGCUCGAUUUCAGCAAAAUCCAGAUGACAGAGCCCAAGUCCAGGAAGUCACUAAGUGAUGAUAGAAUUUCCAAACUGACUAUGAAAUCUCCAGGAAAAGGGCUAACCUUUUUAUUACCUCAAUGUGAGAGGAAAAAAGGCAAGGAUGAGCAGUGCGAAAAUAUCAACACGUGGAUCAACUGCAUGUGUAUCUUUUUUGUGAACACGCUCUUCCAAGCAUACAGACACGAAGAAACUCUCAAGGAGAAAAUAAAGGAAAACAAGUUACAUUACGCCGCCAUGGCCAACCUGAGGAAGACGGAAAGCGACGAGCUGGAAGCCAGGCUUAUGGUGUUGGGCUUGAAAGAGGAAGAGGUCAAAAGGCAAGACCGUGUGGUGGACAUCACUGUGAUCAAGGAGCCGGUGGACGUGUCUUCCCUGCACCUAAUGCUGGGCCUCCCCAAAGAGGACCCCGCGCUGGGCCUGUCCAAAACCAGCGUCAGUAAGAAGAGGAAGAAAUAGAGCCACCGCGUCUGUAAAGGAGCCACAGGAGCCAGAUGUGCGAGGAGGUGGAGCCAAAGCACGGGACGCUCUUCCUGACCAAUAAAGUGGGGCUCUGCUCCCCGUCCCCGGGUGCUGGAGCGCCACGCCCGCCACCGUCCCGGUUUUUCUAAGGCUGGGCCACCGAAUGCCUGCACUCUGAAAACAGCUGCGUGAAAAUGCACGGGUAUGGGCAGUAAAUGAGUGUGUAUUCCCAUGAUUGGUGAUUAAGUUUAGAAUCUGAUAAAACAAACCACAUAUCAA